GACCAAAUGGAAUAACUGUCCACCAAAGACAAAUAAAAUUAUUUAUAAUUAUUUUUAAAUUAUCAUUCAGUCAUUUAUAUAUCAUUUUAAAAAUAUCCAGCAAUUUUAAACUUAAAUAUUAUUUUAAAUUUAAAAAAUUAUUCAAAUAAAUGAAAUAACUUAAUGUUUUUCUUCUUUGUUUGUAUAGAUAUUAUUUUAAAAUGCAAAGUUACCAAACAAAUAAGUAAACAAGUUAGAUGUUCAAUCCCUAUGGGUUGAAAAUAAUUAGAACAAUAAAUGAAGAAAUAAAAUAUAAAUUUGGGAGAAAAUAAUAAGAAUGUAAAAAUAUAGAUCUGUUUACACAAAUAAUGUGAAUAGAUUUUACUAUCAAAUUUGAGCUAUCAUAGCCAAAUUAUGGCCACAUUUUAUGGCGAAAAGGAUUUUUUCCUUCAAGUAAAAUGCUAAAGAGGAAGUAGUGAUUAUUAUAUAUUGUAGCUGCUGCCUUAACCUUCUUCUUCUUCUUCUCAACAAUUCAUCAUUCUGUUAUACCAACCAGGAAAAGUCAUUUCUGUAACAACAAAGCAAAAAUGCCGAACUCCGAACCCAAUCCGAUACCCAACUCCGACCGCCUCGAACAACUCAAACAAUUCGACGAAUCCAAAACCGGUGUCAAAGGUCUCGUCGAUAAAGGCCUUACUAACAUACCCACUUUCUUCAUCCACCAAUCAGAACCCGAUCCGAAACCCAAAACCCGACCCGGAUACAAGCAUUCGAUCCCCGUCGUUGACUUUUCUGCUCCACGUUCAAAAAUCGUCGAACAAGUUCACAAUGCUUCCACAACCCUCGGGUUCUUUCAGAUUAUCAAUCAUUCUGUCCAUGUACAAGCUAUUAAUAAGGUUGUGAAUUCGAUUAAGGCGUUUAAUGAACAGGAGGAUGAAGUGAAGAUGAAGUAUUAUAGCAGGGAUAUGUCACGUGGAGUAGCAUAUUCUACCAAUUUCGAUUUGUAUAAUUCGAAAGCUGCUAGCUGGAGGGAUACGUUGCAGUUGAAGUUGGCUCCUACUCCGCCGGAGUGGGAGCACGUGCCGGAAGUGUGCAGGGAGGCGGCAGCUGAGUGGGACAAGGAAGCAGUGAAAAUUGGAGAAGAAUUGAUGGGUUUGUUGUGUGAAGGGUUAGGGGUUAAGGAAGACAGAUUGAAGGAAUUGUCUUGUCUGGAUGCUAGAGUUAUGGCUGCACAUUACUAUCCUUACUGUCCACAGCCAGAGUUGACAAAAGGGUUGACACCACACACGGAUCCCGGUGUGUUAACAGUGUUGGUGCAGAAUGAGAUGACUGGAUUGCAAGUGAAAUUUGAGGAGGAUUGGGUUGAUUUGGAGCCAAUUCCUGGAGCUAUUGUGAUUAAUAUUGGUGAUAUUCUCCAGAUAAUAUCGAAUGAUGAAUACAAGAGCGUUGAGCAUCGAGUUCUGGCCAACCCUUUUCAAGAACCACGUGUAUCAGUUGCCAUCUUCUUUAACCCAGGCCAAAGGGAGAACUUAUAUGGACCUCUGCCUGAACUAAUAUCAGAUGAAAAGCCAGCAGUUUACCGCGAAUUCAUGUUCAAUGACUAUAUGGGAAGAUUCUUUUCCAAGGAGUUGGAUGGGAAGACACUGACAAAUUACUACAGGAUUUCAAAUUAAAGAUCAGAAACAUCUUCACAAAGGUAGCAAUCUGUUGCAUCAAAUGUUGCUCGUGUAAAAUUAUAUUGUUACUAUAAAUGUGUUAUGGAAUAAGGAUAUACUUGUAAAGUUGAAAAUUUCAUCAGACAUAUGCUUGUAAUGGUCGUUUGGGUGUACAGAAUACCGUUGUUGAAUAGGGUGUAUUAGUGAUGCGGAUAUUUGUAAUGCUAGUAUUGAUGUAUUAAAAAUAACAUACAUUGCAUAAUUUAUAAAAGAAAUUAUUUAUUUACAAAAA